CGCCCGCCUGCUGCCUCCCGGCCUGGCUGCUCGGCUGCCCGGCGCGCGCGGGUUCUGCUGGGCCGGCCGUGAGGCGGCAGCGGCACCAGCGGCAGUCUCCAGUGGCAGCGGGGCCUUCCUUCUCGCUCCCCCGCCUCCUCUUGUCCCCUCCCCUCCCCCUCCGGCUCCCGGUGGCGGGCUCCAGUCCUAGAAGGGGCGACGGGAAGAUGGAGGAACUGGUGGUGGAAGUCCGGGGCUCCAAUGGCGCUUUCUACAAGGCAUUUGUAAAAGAUGUACAUGAAGAUUCAAUUACGGUUGCAUUUGAAAACAAUUGGCAGCCAGAGAGACAGAUUCCAUUCCAUGAUGUGAGAUUCCCACCUCCUACAGGUUAUAAUAAAGAUAUCAAUGAAAGUGAUGAGGUUGAGGUUUACUCCAGGGCCAAUGAAAAAGAGCCGUGUUGCUGGUGGUUGGCUAAAGUGCGCAUGAUCAAAGGCGAGUUUUAUGUAAUAGAAUAUGCAGCCUGUGAUGCCACUUACAAUGAAAUUGUUACAAUUGAGCGUUUAAGAUCUGUGAAUCCCAACAAACCUGCAACAAAAGACACUUUCCAUAAGAUCAAACUGGAAGUGCCAGAAGAUUUACGGCAAAUGUGUGCCAAAGAAUCAUCCCAUAAGGACUUCAAAAAAGCAGUUGGAGCUUUUUCUGUAUCAUACGAUUCUGAAAAUUAUCAGCUUAUCAUCUUGUCCAUCAGUGAUGUAACAACAAAGAGAGCAAAUAUGCUGAUUGAUAUGCACUUUCGAAGUCUUCGAACCAAGUUGUCUCUGAUACUGAGAAACGAAGAAGCUAGUAAACAACUGGAGAGUUCAAGACAGCUUGCCUCAAGAUUUCAUGAACAAUUUAUCGUCCGUGAGGAUUUGAUGGGUCUGGCAAUCGGCACUCAUGGUGCUAAUAUUCAGCAGGCUAGAAAAGUACCUGGAGUCACUGCUAUUGAUUUAGAUGAAGAUACUUGCACAUUUCAUAUUUAUGGAGAGGAUCAAGAUGCAGUGAAAAAAGCCAGAGGUUAUCUUGAGUUUGCAGAAGAUGUAAUCCAAGUUCCAAGGAACCUAGUAGGCAAAGUAAUAGGAAAAAAUGGAAAACUGAUUCAAGAGAUUGUGGACAAGUCAGGUGUUGUAAGAGUGAGAAUUGAGGCUGAAAAUGAUAAAAAUAUUCCACAAGAAGAGGAAAUUAUACCACAAAAUCCCCUACCUUCCAAUAAUUCAAGGGUUGGAUCUAAUUCCUCAGAAGAAAAGAAAUACUUAGAUUUAAAGGAAAACUACACUCAUUUUUCUCAGUCCAGCAGUACAAAAGUCCAAAGGGUGUUAGUGGUUUCAUCAAUUGUAGCAGGGGAAUCGCAGAAACCUGAAAUCAAGUCUUGGCAGGGAAUGGUGCCAUUCGUCUUUGUUGGAACCAAAGACAGCAUCACCAAUGCAACAGUUCUUUUGGAUUAUCAUCUUAAUUAUUUAAAGGAAGUAGACCAACUGCGUUUGGAGAGGCUGCAAAUUGAUGAGCAAUUGCGACAGAUUGGAGCAAGUUCUAGACCACCACCAAAUCGUGCAGAUAAGGAUAAAGGCUAUAUGACUGAAGAUGGCCCAGGACUUGGCCGAGGUAGUAGGCCUUACAGAAAUAGAGGACAUGGUAGACGUGGUCCUGGAUAUGCUUCAGGAACUAAUUCUGAAGCAUCAAAUGCUUCUGAAACAGAGUCUGACCACCGAGAUGAACUCAGUGAUUGGUCUUUGGCCCCAGCAGAGGAAGAAAGGGACAACUACUUACGUAGAGGAGACGGACGGAGACGUGGAGGUGGCCCCCGAGGACAAGGAGGAAGAGGCCGCGGCGGCUUCAAAGGGAGCGAUGAUCAGUCUCGAACAGAUAAUCGUCAGCGGAAUGCAAGAGAUGCUAAAGGAAGAACAGCAGAUGGAUCACUUCAGAUCAGAGUUGACUACAAUAAUGAAAGAAGUGUCCACACUAAAACAUUACAGAGUACGUCAAGCGAAGGUAGUCGGCUGCGCACGGGUAAAGAGCGUAAUCAGAAGAAAGAAAAAUCAGACAGCGUGGAUGGGCAGCAACCACUGGUGAACGGAGUACCCUAAACUGCAUAGUUCUCGAGUCAUGUUUCCUAUACUGUUUCAGUAAUUCUUAUUCCACAUUAGAGAAACUUUGUUAGGCCAAAGACAAAAUAGUAGGCAAGAUGGCGCAGGGCAUGAAAUGAAGACAAAGUUCUGUUAGCCUUUUUUGUUUGUUUGUUUGUUUGGUUCUUUUUUUUAAGUAUUGGCUGUAAGCAACUGUUUUCAGGAUAAGAAAUUAUACAAAUAUUUACUUAAGAAUAUCUUGAACUUUGAAAAUAUGCUUUCAAGUACAUACUGUACUUCCAAAAAGUUAUUUUGUUUUGUUUUGUUCUAAAAAUAUCAAGCUGUGCACUAGUAUACUUUCUGUUCGUUUGGACUUUUACUGGCAUUGGGUCAAUCACUGCUAAAUUUAUUCUUUUUUCUGAAUAAAUAGUGUUUGUGAUAAUCAAA